AGGUGGCGCACCAUAACGCACCCCACUCAUUGCCCACCCUACCCAGAAUCGUAAAGCGAAAGAAAAAAAAAAUUAAAAUACCUGGCGCAAGGCAGGUAUACUACAUGAAGAAUCAGUUGAACUGGGUAUUUGCUCAAGUACUUCGCGCCGCAAAUCGCCGUUAUGUAGUGAAAGUAAAUCAUCAACAUUGUAUGCCCUUAUCUUGUUCGAACCAGUUACAUUCGAGUACCGGUCCGCGUGUUAUCGGUUGUGAACAUAUUUUGGCGGGAAUUGCAAAGUUCGCGGUGUAUUCGUUCAAUUUUUUAUGAUAUAAUUUUGAUAUUUUUUUCCUUAAUUUAACGAAAUAAUCGUAACAAUCUGGAGUCGUUGAGUUUUGUCGUUGGUAAAAUCGUUAUACAAAGGUGACGGUCAUGAAAGAUAAACUAUUAUUUUUAUUGUUAUGCGUGAGCGUGCUAUGUGAUUUUACGGAGUCCGGUAAUCCUCAUUUGCCUCCGACCAACGGAGGCGGAGGAUUGAGGGUUACCAGGACCAGUGGUGGAUAUUCGUUGAAUUUGCGAAAUAAUAAUAGCCAAUCGAGCAAUAUUACCAAAGCAUCAGUCAACGCAGGGGCAACCAGUUUUACCCCAACGAAAACUACUGUCAAUGUAAAUAAUACUAGAACUCCUGGUUCUACGCUCAGAAGCCGGGAACAAUAUUUAUUUAACGUGUUCGAAGUGAUCGUGUCGACGCUGGAGACAAAACUACAACGUAUAGAAAACCUCGACAAAGCUGUCGAGCAUCUGAUGCGCAGGGUAGAAGCCCUCGAUUCGCGUCUGUCCUACAACAUCGAUAAAACCGAUUCGGUUAUAAUGAAAUUACGCAAUUUGGACGCGAAACUGUUUCAAUUUUCGCCCAAAAUUGGAAACACUGGUGCCAUAAAAAUAGUACCCGAAAUGUACGCUCAAGAUAAAUUAUUUAACGUAAAUAUAGAUGGUAAGUUAGUAUCAUUAGAUCAAAAAGUCAGCGAUAUUGAUUCGAAGUUGAUAAGACUCAAAAGUCAACUUGAUUCGAAUUUUUUGGCGUCAGAUGACAUAAACGCCGAAGCCAGUGAGAAAAAAUACGUAAACACGAACGCUCCCGAGGGCGGUAAAUUACUCAACGCCGAACUCGAAGCCAUACGAGCGACCACAAAUAACAUAGAUAAGAAGUUACAAUUCCAUAUGAGCUCGGUGUCGGACAAUCUGGCCAACUUGCACAGCAUGAUGACCGAUUUACACGAGGCCGUCGUCGAACCGCUCACCAUUCAGCAACAAAUGUUCAAAUCCAACAACGGCACAACCACCACAACCUCGCUACCGCCAACAAUUGUCAAAAGCAGUAAAAUCGAUCGUCUGGUGCGUCAAAUGCAUCCCAUCCUGAGUGUUUCUGAGAAAAUGGACGAAGUCUGGGACGUCGUAGUAGGCACCAAGACAUCGGUCGAUGAUCUUGUUCCUAAAUCCAACGAAUUGCUCACCCAGACCCAGCGUCAAGAACGCGCCAUCAACGACAUACACGAAGAUCUGCGUCAAAAUACCGAUAAAAUUAUCGCCAAUUUGGAUAUAGUCGAGCGUCGCCUUAAGAAACAAGAAGACGACGUGGUGACUUUAGCCCAACGACCAGUGGCUGCUGAACUGCUGCUGGAUCCUACAAUAGAUCGUUUAGUCGAGUACGAUCAAAGUCGUUAUAAUAUUAUAUCCGAGGAAUCGCAGCCGACUUACACGGAGUCUGCGGUGCCACCGACAUACACCUCGCCAACGGUAUCAGUUCCUACAAUUUCGACCACGUCGACAACCACUACUACCUCGUCGCCGUUCCUAAAUCCAAAUAGUAUCAAUAUCCAAGCCGGAACGCCGAUGAAAACAUCAACGGUCAGGAAUCGCGGAGUCAUCUUCCCAAGCGUAAAGAAUAAACCAUCUCCGACCAAUACCACCUUUACUUCUGAUGUAGUAUACCCCAGCCUGAAGGAUGUAAAGGGUUACUCUUGUCAAGAUUUGAUUAACAAUGGAAUGCGACAAUCUGGAGUAUACUAUUUGCAAAUUCGAGGUACUGCGUACUGGUACCUCAAAGUAUACUGUGAACAAGACAUCGCUGAUGGUGGAUGGACUGUAAUUCAUAGAAGAGACGAUUUUGGCAUACGAGAGAACUUCAAUCGGGACUGGAAUGAUUAUAAAAAUGGUUUUGGAGACCUAUCGAAGGAAUUUUGGCUCGGAAAUGAAAAUAUUUAUAUGCUAACCAAUAACGAAGAAUAUUCUCUACGUGUAGAGUUAGAAGAUUUCGAAGGAAAUAAAAGAUAUGCUCAAUAUUCCCAUUUCAAGAUCUACUCUGAAGGUGAGUACUACAAGUUAGAAAUUGACGGAUACGAUGGAAAUGCCGGAGAUUCGUUGAAUGAUCCUUGGUAUGGAAGUAACAACAGUCCAUUCUCAACUUACAACAGAGAUAAUGACAGGUCGAGCCUUAACUGCGCUUCAAUGCUGAAAGGAGGUUGGUGGUGGAGAUCAUGUGGUCGAGGACUGAAUGGAUUAUAUCUUACUGACCCACAAGAUUUAACAGCCAGACAAGGUAUUGUAUGGUUCCGAUGGAGAGGCUGGGAUUACACACUGAAGAAAGCUAUGAUGAUGAUACGACCAAGAGGAGUAACACCAAGUACUUGAUAGUAACGUAAUCAUUUUAAACGGCCAAAGGAAACCAAAGUUAUCGUUGUACUGUACAACCCAAUGAUGUAUUUAUUGCCAGUAAAACUGUGUGCAACACAACAAAGAAUAAUUUGUCAAGUUACAUCAUUUUUCUAGAAUUUCUGGAGGGAAAUUGAAACUACGAAUAGUAAAAUUUUGAUCAAAUUUUCAUUUGUUUACCAAAUAAUAAUUGUUAGUCUUUUUUAAAAAUUUUCUAUGUUAUAUAUUAUGUUUGUUCUUUUCACUAUGUUGUUAUCAAUCAAGAACUUUUAUAGAAAUCGGUGAUAUUUUGUUAAACUAGUACUAGAAUCAAGUCAUGAAUGUAAAAAUAUUAAAUUACGGUUUAUACAAAAUAUCACCGAUCACAUCACUAAUAAUAAUUUAAUUUGCUAGCUUUGUAAAUAUUUUACUGAUACUGUUAUUUAAAAGUGCCAAGUUAGAACUAGGUAAUGCUUUGCAUUGUUUAGUUUAUUCGUUGGUAUGAUUUGCAUUGAGAUAAUUAUGAAGAAUGUAAUGCGAAAUAUGAAACCUGCGAUAAGAAGGUGAAGUACUGAAUAAUUUAUUAAUAAAGUUCGGUCAUCCGUAGAACUUUAUUUUUAUAAAGAAUCUUUGUUUAAAUAUAUCUCUUUUUUUAUA